CCGGGUACAAAUCAUAUCCCACGUCCCAUCAUUUUCUGCCGAGCGAUGGACGACGCUGAGGCGCUGGCCGCGGUCGACGGCGCUGUCGCGCGCCUCAAGGACGCCGGGGACGUGGCAGCCGCAUGGACGCUCCUUAGCCCUCACAACGCGAUCUACUGGGCGGACGAGGUCGACGAGGCCAGCCCGCCGGCGCCGGCGGCGACGCCCGAGUGGCGCAAAGCCAUUAGCUUUGCCGACUGGAUCGACGCGCUGCACCCAAAGGACCGCCAAUGGAGCCGCGCGCAGGUCAUCGAGGAGCAUGAAGAGAUGUUCCGCAUCAGCUUUGAGAACGGGAUCGACGACGACAUUUGGGUCGAUCGCCAGUCGGCCGACAUUGCACCCGACGGCUCCAAGCUUAACGAGCCGUGGCGCAGCCGCCUCCAGGUCGGGGACCUUGUCGACUGCAUGGACAACCAUUUCUUGUGGUUCACAUCGACCGUGCUUUCGGUGUCGCCCGAGAAGAUCCUCAUCGGAUACCGCGUGUACUCGAUGGACGGUGACCAGGUCGAUACACGCGGCCGGUACUCGGGCUACGACGCCGAGUUUGACCAGUGGUUCGACCUCAAGUCGCACCGGAUCGCGCGGGCGUACACCAAGGCCGACGGGACAUUGCACCGCAGCACGCUCCCGUCGGCGGACGCCGACCACGUCUUUGCCAACGCCGCGCCGACGCAGCGCUGCCGGUCGCCGCUCCUUCUCGCGUCGCUCAACCGGUUCGGCGCGGCCCAAGGCUUUUCGUUGCUGCUCAAUGCAAUUCCCGCGCUCUCGAUGGCUGAGCUCAGCUGCGUCCUCGAGUGGCUCCUCGACAUUACCGAGUACCUCACGCAGCCAUUCGCAGCCGCGUACCUUGUCGACGUUGACGCAGCCAUUGGCGCCAACCUCCUCCUGCAUCUCCGCGCCGACGUGCGCGCGAUCUCGAUCGACGUGGUUGCGCACUGGGCUGGCCGCCUCCAAUCACUCCUCUCCCAUGUGCUCAACGCCAACGGCACGGCGCUCCGCCUCGAUACAUGGCUCUGGUCUGUCUACAUGGUGUACAUUCGGUGCCCGCUCCUCGAGCGACAAUUCCAAGGCGUCCAAAAGAUGGUCGACCUCGUGCAGAGCUUUCAUUACCGCAAGCGGCAGCACCUCGACGCGGCGCUCGUCACCGAGUGGUUCCACCGUGAUCUCAUCCUCGAUGUGCUCCUUCGAUCGCACGCCGAAGUGCUCCAGCGCGCGCUCGAGCUCUUCCGCUUUGGCGUCCAGCAGCGCGUCGUGGCCAUGUCGACGCUAUGGGCUGUUGUCCUCGACCCGGCCGCUGAGAAAUCCCGCGUCUCGCUCCUCUACUCGUUUCUCGUCGAAAUGGCCUCCGUGUUCGCACCGGACCAGCUGUUGGAGCUCUGGCGGCUCGUGCAAGCACUCGACCUCGCGCUGUACAGCGACGACACGAUCACGUGGCUCGUCCGGCUCCACAAGUGGCUCGGGAUCCGCAGUGUGGACGCUUCGGACGGACCAUCGACGCAGGACCUUUUUUGGGCCAUUUUGCAGCACCCAACGCUCCCGGCGUCCGUCCAACUGGCAGCCCAGCGCGGGCUUGUCGACGCGUUGAGUGCCAUGGACAUGAAGACGCCGCGCCAGGACAACCUGCUUCGGUGCUUGACCAACCUCGCGGCCUCGACUGCGGUCGUGCCAUCGCUUGAGAUUGCCGAAGCGCUCCUCGAACAGCACCCGCUCAUCUCGUACACGGCGUUCACCGUGCCAAGGGGUUUGGCGUUUUCGCAGCUGCCGGACGUGGUGCCACGCGUUUUGCAUGUGCUGCCGGCGUACCCCGACGCGGCCUUUCGGUUUCUCUCAUUUGUGACGCCGCUCGGAGUGACGUUUACGGACGACGAGCUGCGGUUGCUUGUGUCGUUGCCGCCCAACGACGACGACCGCCUGUUCCCGUUUCUCUCGGGGCUCUGCGCGUCGCUGCCCUUGACGCAGUCGACGUUUGUGUUUGAGUGGUUCUUGGCGCACGUUUCGGCGCCGUGGCCACUGCCGCGCUUCCGCUGCUUGGAACAGUAUUUUCUCUCGCUCAACCAAGCCCACGGCAAGCUCGUGCGGAGUCUCUGGGACGAUUCGACGCUCUUCCACGCCCGCGUGCUCCCGCACGACGUCCUUGGGAUCGACGCGCUCUGGCACAUUGCGCUCAACGCCGACAGUCUCGAGACCGUCAACGCGGUCGUGCCGUGUCUCCACGCGCUGUACCACGACACAGACUCGCCGCUCGUUCAGGAAGAGUACAUGGACCAGUGCUGCGCGCACGCGCGCGUGGCGGCUGCCAAUGCCAACGCACCGGCGGUUGCGCGCUGCCUGCACCUUCUGCAGCACAUGGUCGGGCAGUGGGAAGCGGUCGAAGUGUGCUCGCCGUUCACGCGGCCGCACGGCGCCUUGUCGAGCCCGAGCGACGCGUCCUUGGAGCUGCAUUGGAACGAUCAAGUGCUCGCGAUCACGUCGUCGACCACCAUUGGCGAAGUUCAGGCGGCGAUCGCGGCCAUCUGGAAGGUGCCGGUGGGCGCAGUCGUUCUCGACUGGCGCGAUGCCAAUCGCACCCACCGCGUCCCGAGCCUCCAGGUGCAAGCGCGCCAAGGCAUGCUUCCAAACCUCUUGGAGGCCAAGUCGAGCACCCUCUUGCCGGCGGUCGCCGCGGUGGCAGCGACAUGGUAUGCCGACCGCGCGACGGCGAUCGAGCGCUACAGCAACACGAACGUGUACGUUAUGUUUCGCGGCCAAAACGACGACCACAACUAUGACCUCGACGAGUGGCUGCAUUUCAUUGCGUCAGUCGCGUCGUUGUAUCCGAAUCUGGUGUGGGCGCACCUCAUCGAGUCGGGCUUUCCGCCGGCGCCGACCAGUCUCCGCUUGCGGCUCGUCGACAAGUACUUUGGCCUCUUCAUGGACGUGCUCGACGUCCUCGAGCGGUCGCAGCACGAUGCGUCGGCCAUGUGGAACCUCCUGCAGCGUCUUCCGUCGCAUGUGGUUGCCAUCGACGAGCCGAUUUCGAUUUGCCGCCCGCAUCUGGUCUUGUACCAGCUGCAGAUUCUUGCUGCUUGCCCGCGGGACGUACAACGCAUGACGCCGGCACUGGUGUCAACGCUCAUCGAUCUCGUCGGUGUGUCUUCGCUGGGGCUGCAAGCGCACGCGUAUCUGCUCUUGGUGCUCCAACACCACACGGCACUUGACCUCCCGCGCCUCGUGACGCUCUUGCGUAUGGUCGCCUCGUCGGCCGACAUGAACAUGCUCGAGGUGCGCCAGCUGCUCCAGUCAGCGUGCUACAUGUGGACGCAGCACACGGCGGCGCUAGCUACAAGUACAAGCGAGCGCGAUGGCAUUGACACGGCGCUGCUGCUCGAGCUGCUCCAGUGCCCGACGAGCGCUGGUGUCCGCAGCGACAUGGCCGCGAUGCUCACGGCGUCUCCGCCCCUUUGGACGUUCUCGUGGCUGCCAGCGGGCUUGCCGUCCGCGACCUGCACCGAAUAUUUCGCUACACUCCUCGCUGUGCUGCAGCAAGUGCCGGUCGACGACCGCUUGGUCGUGCGCGACGCGACGCUGCAUCGGCUCUCGGCGACACUCGCGGCGCCGAACGCGCCGUCGGCCGAUGACGUAGUCGCGGGCUGCUUGCAGGUCCUCACGCGCAUGCCGCUCGAGUGGGCGGUUGUCGCACCGCUGUACACGGCGUACCUCAACACGCACUGGUCGCCCCGCUGUCGGCACGAGAUGUACAGUCUGCUGCAGCAUUUUGGAACGCCGAUGGCGAUGCUUCUCGAAUCGAUCUUUCCGCAGUUGCCGACGCUCGAACACUUUGCGACUGCAGUGCCCAGCGCUUCCUCGUCGCAGUCGCUUGUCGGCUUGAAGAACAAUGGCAACACGUGCUUUCUCAACAGCAUUCUGCAGCAACUGUACUACAUCCCGUCGUUGCGAUCGGCCGUCUUGCAGCUGGACGCAACCGACGCGUCGCCGUUGCUGCAAGCGCUCCAGACGUGCUUUGGCCACCUCCAAGCCUCGCGCCGACCCGAGUACAGUCCGCUCAGCGUGUCGCAAGCGUCGCCGUUUGAAGCCGGCGUGCAGCAAGAUGCGCAGCAGCUCUACUUGCACAUUGUCGAUAUGCUCGAGGCCGUCGGGCUCCAUCAUAUCCUCACGGGGUCGCUCUUCCACGAACUCGCGUUUGAGAGCCAAGCGCGUCGGUCGAGCGAAAACUUUUGCUGCGUCUCGCUCGACGUCCAGAACCUCCACUCGCUCGACGAGUCGCUUGCUAUGUGGGCCAAGCCCGACGCGAUCUCGGGCUUUGAUUGGGAUGCCGAGCACACCAACGUGCACAUUACAAAGCAAGCGCUCUUGCAUGGACUGCCGCCGUACCUCGUCGUCCAUCUCAACCGGUUCACACUCAACUACCACACGUUUACGACCGAGAAGAUCAACUCGGCGUUCGCCUUUCCGCUCGAGCUCGAUGUGAGCGCCUAUGUGGCCGACACGAAGACCGCGCCGCUGUAUACGCUGGUGGGCAUUGUCGUGCACAGCGGCACGGCGCAGUCGGGGCACUACUACUCGUACGUGCAGACAAACCGCGGAACGUGGAUUGAGUGCAACGAUGCAAUCACGCGUCCGUGGCAUCUCGAGUCGCACCUCCAAGUGGACUGCUUUGGGUCGGCGACGAGCCAGAAGAGUGCGUACAUGCUUUUGUAUACGAACGCGCCGGACGCGCACUAUGACGCGCCGUCGUCGCCGUUGCCACCACUGCUGCAAGCGACGAUCGACGACGACAACCGCCGGUGCGCGCUCGAGGCACACUUUUUGCAACCAGAUUUCUACAGCUUUUUGAUUGCGCUGCUCGAGACGACCGCGUCGCUCUCGCUCAAUUUGGUGCUGCUUGCGACCGAGUUUGUGUGGCACAACAUUGCGAAAACGACGGAAACCGCGCUCUUACCCUCGGUGCUCGAGCGCUUGCUGCCGCUCUGGACACCCGACAUGGCGACGCGGUCGCUCGACGAGCUCUUGAAGGAAGCGCCGUUGUUUGUGCUUUCGUGCCCUGACGUCUUGGUGCGGGAGGCGUACGUCGCGUUUGUGUUGCACGUUCUCGGCCUGUGCCCGCUCGGCCGCCGCCGCGCCGCGUACGACGUCAUUCUAGGCUGGAUACCCGCGGUCUCGACGCAGUGGAUGCGCAUGGAGCAGUACUGGACGCUCGUGCAUCACAUGGCUUCGAACGACAUCGAGUGGUUCGUCGCGCGGGAGACGCUCGCAUGGUGCCACGCGUUUGUGUUGGGGCAGCCGACGUCGCUCGUUGUCGAUGGCGUCCGGACGCCGUUGAUUCCGCACUCGACCAUCAUGGGCAACAAUUUUCUCGUGCCCAAGCUCGGUCCGCUCCUCGAUCUCAUGGUGCUCUUGGCACCCACAUCGAACGCGACGGCCGUCUUUUCGCUGGCGUUUUUCCAGCGGCUUUGGCACUGGCUGCCGCAAGCCGAUGACAAGAUGGCGACGGCGCUCAACCGCGUCAUUGCGUGUGCGUGCAAGGACAAUCGUGCGCUGUCGCUGAGCCUCUGCGAGCUCGUGCUCUCGACGCUCACGCACGGCAGCGUCGUCGGUAUCGCGAAUGCCCUCUUGGCGCUCGUGACGCUACUGCGCCUCCCCGAUGCUCUGCAGCCGCAGCGGCUGCAGUGGCUUUUGGUGCGCCGUGGCGCGGCGCCGCACCACUGGGGUCUCUUGUACGCACUGUACUUUGGCCGGCUGAGCCAUCUUGCGUGGUGCCACAAAGUACUCGAGACGCUUCUCGUGCUCAGCGACGAGCUGCCACCGCUCUCGCAGCUCCUCGGCAGCCUCUUUCCAGUGCAGUUGCACCACGCAACGUUUCUCGAUUGGGUCCGUGACGCGCUCGGAUCGACAGCGACGACGGCGACCGCCAUCGCGUCGAUCCCGAUCACGACGACCAACCACAUUCCAUUGUCGUUGCGCUACAAGCGCUUCCAAGUGUGGUCGCCGCCCGAAGACCGGGUCUUGGAGCACCGGCCGAUCGCGUACGAGCCCGAGCUCAUCAAGCAAGACGAGAAGGUCGAGCUGCUCUUGCAGGCGUGGCAGUACGGCGAGGUGCUCGAGUUUCACGUAACGAAUUCGCGCCAGACGCCGGUCGUGCUCACGCUGGACGUGCAGUCGCCCGCGCCACUGUACCUCGUGCGCGAAGUGCCCGCGCUCACGAUUUGCGUGCUCUAUUCGAUGCCUGCCGGCAACCUGGCGCUGCAGUGGACCGCCGAGGGCUACGAGGGUGCGACGACCACGUCGACGGCGUUGGUUCCGGUGCUGGAAGCGACGACCCGGCCGCGCCACGACUCGCUCGAUACCAUGGGCGCCUUUGACGAAGACGAGAGCUUGCCGGCGCUGGCCGACCCGACGCCGAAUUCGUCGGCCGAGCCGCGGGUGUGUCCCCGCUGCACGUUCCACAACGAGCCGUACAGCAUCCUCUGCGACAUGUGCGAGGCCGACCUCGAUGGCAUGCUGAGCGAUAGCUUCUAGUCGUCGAUUUUGUAUUGAAUGAUUUUCUCGGUGUUUCCAGA